UGUCGGUCGGGCGCGCUGCCUGUGCUGUGCUCUUAGUGAACUGUGGGCGGGAAAAAGUUCAGUGAACAAAGUGAAUGAACUGAGUGGUUUUCAUUUGUUUUUUGGACAAUCGAUUUAACAACGAAGGCAGUUUAGGCGGAAGGGAAUUCAAAACUUCAUAUUUACCAUUUUCUUUAUAUCUUUCACCCGGAAAGUUCAGAAAACACCAGCUUGUACAAAAUAAAACAAAAAGAAAGUUGUUCAAAAUGUUUCCCCACCGUAUAAAAACUCUAGCGAUCGCUUUAAUUUUUACCUCAAGUUACAUUAACUGCAAAACGAUCGAGACAACAACAACAAGUAAUUUCCAAACUAAAAACACAGUAAUAGACGAAAUUAAUAUAACUGAGACUAAUAUACCAAACGUGACUUGUAGAGGAGACCCUAUAUACUGCAAUAUAAGUAAAGAAGAAUAUAUAGACAUGUUGAACAACUAUAUAUUUCCAAAGCCGCAUGAGUGGGGUCUUAUAGCUACACACACCGUAGUUUUCAUAGUAGGGCUAGUAGGAAACGCAUUAGUGUGUAUAGCUGUGUUUAGAAACCCUUCAAUGAGAGGUUCAGUGACGUACCGGUGUUUGGUGAACCUGGCGGUGGCAGAUUUUCUGGUGAUCUUGCUCUGCUUGCCACCGACUGUGGUCUGGGAUGUCACGGAGACCUGGUUCCUGGGAGAGAUAUUGUGCAAAACGCUCGUUUAUUUUCAGUCGGUAUCGGUGACAGUGUCGGUCCUCACGCUCACGUUCAUCGCUCUGGAUCGCUACUACGCCAUCGUACACCCGUUCAGCCACCGUCAGCAGAAUGAGCCCAUCGUGCACGUCAAAACCAUCAUCUGCUUCAUUUGGAUUAUUUCGCUUUUGUUCAACAGCCCGGACCUCUUUUCCCUGACGACGGUGCAACAGCCUCUACGUUUCGAUCUCCCGCACAUGAUACAGUGUCAACCCACAUGGUCGGCUCACGCGGACCUGGUCUGGCACGUCAUCAAAAUCGUCUUUAUGUAUGCAGUACCACUAGUGCUGCUAGGAGGAGCAUAUUCCCUGAUCAUUUUGGAGUUGUGGAAAUCGGAACAAUUCCCCGGACAAGCUAACUGCAAACACAUUAAUGAAAAUAAACGCCUGUCCCGUCGCAAAGUGGCUAAGAUGCUGGUGGCAGUUGUCGUGAUGUUUGCCAUCUGCUACUUACCCGUGCACACACUGUCUCUGCUCAGAUACACUGGCGUUCUCGAUCAGCUGAACAACAACGACAUCGUUUCGUCACUGGCGCUGGUGUCGCAUAUUAUGUGCUACGUAAACUCCGCUAUCAACCCCGUCAUUUACAAUUUUAUGAGCGAAAAGUUCCGGCACGAGUUCCGACGCGCGUUCUGUUGCUCCUCCGGAUCGAUUCACGAGCACUCGACAACCCUCACCUUCACCGCCAAGUCGAAACCCUCCUUCGAGAUGAACUCACUUUCACAGAGGCCGCUCGUCAGCGAACUGACUAACGGAUAUUCGUAGAACUGUCGCUUGUGUAAACACAUGUAUUCUUAGGCAUAAGUUUAGACACUGUAAAACAUGUAGAAAAACUAGAAAAAUCCAGUUAAGUCUCUGCGAAUAUGGAAAGGAAUAUAGGUAUUUUUAGAGCGCCUGAAAACUGACAGAUACUGGAGCAAGGUACAAGGCCAAUAACAUCAAAUGAACAUUUAUUUUUGACAUUUUAGGUCAAUUGUAUUCAAAAUCACGAGUACUUUCAAUCUCACUGGGAGACAAAAAGUGUCCCAGAAUAUCCAUACAAUUUUGUUACUUUCCUCUUUUGUUACCCCACACAACAUGUACGGAAAACGAUAACAAAAUAAGAAAAACCCCUAUGGGACAAUUUUUAUAACUACUAGAUUUGAAAAAGCUACUGAUUCUGAGUAGAAAAAGAUUUUUUUUUUUAAUAUCACAUUUUAUAAAAGUGUCGAAAAAAAAGAAACGCUCAAAAAAUCGAAAUAUCUUACAAGUUUACAUUAUUCCAUAUCAGCCCAUUUGAUUGAACACGUGUGCCUAGUUAUGUUCAGUGUAAAAAUGUAAAACAUAGGAAAAAAGUUGAAAUUACCCGUCAAUCUAAACCACAAACACACACAAUCAAAAACACUUGUUUGUUGUUUACACAUCAUUUACGUUAAUUAUUUAAACUACAUUACCUAAUUUUUUUGUGCUAUGAACAAUAAUAAAUAAUUUGUAUCUACUAGAGAUUAGGCAAGAAUUGAUUACUAAUUGUUUACCAAAGUCUAGAAAUAUUUCCUCGCUCACUCCAAAUUCUACAGUAAGUAAGUACCUAGUUCUUCAGUUUGUCCUUCAUUUCAAAUUAACCAAUUUUGACGUUUAUUUGUGUAUUUGUUGACGAUCGGUCUGGAUCAGUCGGUAGUGACCCUGCCUGCUAAGGCCCGGUAAGGGCAUUUAUUUGUGUGAUGAGCACAGAUA